GCUCGGUCCCUGCGGGUGGCACCGUCUUUUCCCGCCAUGUCGUUCGUGGAGAGCGGGAGGCGCUUGGCUCCGCGGGGCCGCCGCCUCGACACCCCGGCCCCUUUCACUCGGCCUGCGUAUUUUGCCUUCGCUCAGGGGGACAGCUGGGGUGAAGGCGAAGUCGACGAGGAGGGAUGCGACCAAGUGGCCCGCGACCUGCGGGCAGAGUUCUCGGCUGGGGCCUCUUCAGAGCCCAGAAGCCGCUCGCUGCUCCUUUCGGAUGCGGAUGGGUCGCCAGUCCUGCCCGAUAAGCGCAAUGGCAUCUUUCCGGCGGCUACGGGCAUCCGAGCCCACUCUCGGCGGUGGCCGGUCCAGGUCCUCUCUAUUCUUUGUUCGCUGCUCUUCGCCAUCCUUCUGGCCUUCCUCCUCGCCAUCGCCUAUCUGAUCGUUAAAGAGUUACAUGCUGAGAAUUUGAAAAAUGAAGAUGAUAUAGACACUGGGCUAUUAGGAUUCUGGACUCUGCUUAUAAUAUCCCUAACUGCUGGAUUCUCCUGUUGCAGCUUUUCUUGGACCGUGACUUAUUUUGAUUCUUUUGAACCAGGAAUGUUUCCCCCUACUCCUCUUUCACCUGCCAGGUUCAAGAAACUGACUGGACAUUCUUUCCACAUGGGCUAUAGCAUGGCAAUUUUGAAUGGCAUUGUAGCUGCCCUUACUGUAGCAUGGUGCCUCAUGUAAACCCACAGUGAAGCAAUAUUGUUGGCAAAACUUAGUCACAAUUGUGUUUUUUAAUGACAAGAAAGAACAUCAUUGCCUACUCAGAAGAUCAAGAAACCUGCUGUUCAUUAUGUGGUUCAGAUAUGUGUCAUAAUCAUCAUCAUUAUGGAGAACCUUGUAAAGCAUUGUUCUAGAGUCUAGACAUUGGGAAUACCUGAAUAUUAAGUUUUAAGUACUUUUUUAAAAGUGUAAGGUGUUUACCUCAUCUUUUUACUUUUAUAUGUGUAGUUCUUAAAAAUUGUAGAAAACAUUUUAAUGGAAAUCAAACUCAAAAACUUGAAUACAGGACAAUGCCUACCUUUCCAUGUAUGUAUUACAUUUUUUGCUAAGAUACUGAUAUUACUGUUUAAUUGCGAUACGAAUAUUUAUACGUUAGCAAAGCAAAUAAUGCCUACUAUGCCAACAUUUUAUAGCAGCUACUUUUAAAUCAAAAUAUUUAGUUUUUGAUAUUCAUAGAAUU